ACGUAAACACAAGUUGUCAGUUGUCGAGUUAAAUUCCACGGUGGCGGGCUAGACCGAAUAUUAAUCUAAGUUUAAUUUGUUAUAUCGUGUGUAUUACUUAAAUAUUACUGAAAUAGUAAUUAUGUAGGUCUGUGUUAAAUAACAAAGUGUUGUUUAGUGUGUUGUUAUGAUAGUUUUGACCGUUUUCUGUGAUGUCAAGCUGUCGAAGUAACGGUAUUGUUGUGCUGUGAACCACUGGUUUUGUAUCAAAUCGAACACACCUAGUGCUGAGCCCCGUUUUUGUGUACAAAAAGUACAGGAUGCAACGCGUGUGAUUUUUGACUGACCUUAUUUAAGAUAACCAAAGAUGGAGACAAGAUGGAGAUGGGUACUCAUCUGGACAGCUCUUUGUUUUACUACAGGCUCCACAAACAUGCUGCCAGUGUUCACACAGGACAUGAACAACCUCGCGUUAUCAGAGAGCACACCAGUUGGGACCAUAGUUUAUAAGCUACAAGGAACGGACCCUGAAGGAUUACCGAUAAAGUACAGUUUAGUGGGCACGGACAAGUUUUCAGUGAACGCAGAAACUGGCGAUGUCACGUUAGAUCGACCGCUUGACAGAGAGGUGGAAGAUACGAUAAAAUUCCUGGUGUCCAUAGAAGAUGAGGACCCCCUUAAGGUGCAGAACUUGGUGCAGUCACAGCCCGUCACUGUCAUCGUGCUGGACGAGAACGAUAACCCACCUAUGUUUAAAAAUAGUCCAUACGAAGUGAACGUGCCAGAAGACGAGGUGGUUGGCAAGACUCUCCUGGAUAAUAUCCUCGUGGAAGACAGGGAUUCCGUGGGAGACAAUCUGGAAGUAGGCUGUGUGCCUAGUGAACAGUGGCCCGAAGCCUGUGAGACGUUCGAGGUGGUGACCCUGAAUUCCUCGGCGCACCAGUACACCGGCGCGCUGGUGCUGAAGAAGCCGCUCAACUACAACGAGAAGCAGUUCUACCAGUACCAGUUGUAUGCUACUGACGGCAGCCUAAACUCGACAGCGCACGUGGAGAUCAAGGUAGUGGACGUGCAGAACUCUCCGCCGGUGUUCAGUGGAGCGCUCAGCGGCGCCCUGGCGGAGGACGCGCCCGUCGGCACCCUGGCGCUGACGAUCAAGGCAAGGGAUGCUGAUAGAGCUCAGCCUAGGAAUGUUGUACUGGAGUUGGUUACUAAUCCCUUGGAUUUCUUCUUACUGGACAGAAACACAGGAGAACUGAGAACAGCCAAGCCUUUGGAUAGAGAAGCACUAGCAGACCCAUCAUCACCACUCAAUCUUACCGUUAGAGCGACAGAAGUAGUAAACGGCGUCCCAGUGGUAUCCGACCUGACCUCAACCCUGGCGACGGUGACUAUCACCAUCAAGGACGUGAACGACGAGCCGCCUCGCUUCAACCGCCGCGAGUACUCCGUGGAGAUACCCGAGUCCUUGCCCGUUGGGACCCCGCUGCCGAACCUGGAUAUGGUGGUCACUGAUACUGAUGUGGGACUAAACUCCGUAUUCACUCUACGCCUAUCCGACGAGAUGGGAGCCUUCAUAGUGGAACCUGCCACUGCUACUGGUAGUGCUUCAGUCACCUUGAGGUUGAACUCCAGUCUAGAUUACGAAGAUCCUAAUCAGAGGAAGUUUAUUUUGGAGGUGAUAGCAGAAGAACUACACACAUCACCCAGACUCUCGUCCAAGGCGAGUGUGACAGUAUCGCUCACAGACGUGAACGACAACGCGCCCCAGUUUGCCGAGGAGCCGUACUCCGCUACAUUAGCCGAGGCAGCGCCGCCGGGGACCAGGGUCGGCGCUAUACGGGCCACUGACAGAGACACUGGCAGAUUCGGCACAGAAGGCAUAGUGUACCACCUGUCGGGUAACGGCGCGGAGUUGUUCCGCGUGGACAACCGCAGCGGAGUGAUCACGGUGGCGCCCUGCGACACGCCCGGACUCGCGCCCUGUCUCGACUACGAGACUAGGAAGGAUUACUUCUUGCAGUAUAAGGCUACGGACGACGACGGCGCGGGCCAGAACACGGUGGUGUCCCUGCAGAUCUCGCUGUCCGACUCCAACGACAACCCGCCCGUGUUCCACACUGCUGUGUAUAAAGCAUCCAUUGAUGAGGAUGCUGUGAAGUUUGAGCCGGAACUGCAGGUCCAAGCCCGCGACGUGGACAUUUCCUCGGACAUUCGCUACUCGAUCAUCGAGCCGCCGACCCACCCGUUCUGGAUAGACCCCAUCAACGGCAAGAUAUCCGUGCGCCCCGACACUGGGGGGGUCACUCCCCCUGAGGAUAGUAACAAGAUAUUCUUGACUGUGCUGGCCACAGACGGUGUCCACAACGCGACCUGUAAGGUGGAGAUCACAGUGCGCGACGUGAACAACCACGCUCCCGUCUUCGACACUGACAAGUAUGACGCUGACAUCUCUGAGGACGCUCCUAUUGGUACGGAAGUAGCAGCGGUCCGCGCCACGGACCUGGACAGCGGCGUGAACUCGGAGCUGAAGUACUGGAUCCAGAAGGGGGCGCUCGACUCCUUCGCCAUACACAACGACACCGGAGUCGUCACCGUCUCCUCCAAACUCGACUACGACAAGCGGAACACUUACAGGAUACAGAUUGUUGCUACUGAUUUGGGUAUACCAAGCCUAACAGGCACCACAGAGCUGACAGUCCACGUGAUCAACGUGAACGACAAGAAGCCGUACUUCACGCCGCCCAUACAGCGCGCCGAGGUGUCAGCAGACGUGGAGCUUGGCGUCAUCGUACACAACCUCAUCGCUGUGGACCCUGAUAUUGUGGAUAAUGGGUCGUUGGUGUUUACUAUGGGGGAUAAGGUUAUUAGGGCUGUGGAUAAGAAUGGGAAGGAGGUAUCAGACGAAGGUAUCUUCGGGUCGUGGUUCACGGUGCAGCCGAACGGGUCGGUGGUAGUGUCCCAGCGCCUGGACCGGAGUAGGGCGGCCGUGCUCACGCUGCCCGUCGCAGUUACUGAUGCAUCCGCGCCCACGCUGCAACGGGCUGAUGGCGAGCUAAUAAUAACAAUAGUGGACGUGAACCGGCACGCGCCCGUGUUCUCGCAGCCGUCGUACCUGGCCAGCAUCCUGGAGGAGCAGCCCGCGGGGACCGUGCUCGACACCUACACCGCCACCGACAGGGAGACGCCCAUACAGGCCAUCGUCAUACAGCCGCCCAACCCGUACUUUGUUAUUGAUAAUGUUACUGGAGUAGUAAAAGUGGCUCAGCGCAUAGACUACGAGAAAGUCCACAGCAUCAACUUCACGCUAGUAGCCUACGACGGAGGAGUGCCACAGCUCAGUACCGCGGCGGGAGUGACCGUGCAGGUGCUGAACGCCAACGACGAGGAGCCAGUGUUCGCGUCCAGUGCGUACGACGGAGUGGUGGCGGAGCACGCCGAGGGGGGGACCAGUGUGCUCACUGUCAGCGCCGUCGACAAGGACGAAGGUGAAUUUGGUGAAGUGACAUACAGCCUGUCAGGUGACUCUGCAAACCUGUUCAACAUAGACCCGAAAACCGGCAUCAUCACGGUGGCAGAGGGCGCUGUGAUCGACAGAGAGGUUGCAGGAGACCUUUAUCUCAGAGCCGUCGCUAGUGAUAAUGCGCCCGCGCAUGUUAGACGGAGUACGAGUGUACCGGUGCACAUAAAAGUGCAGGACAUAAACGACCACGGGCCGGUGUUCAGCCAGAAGGUGUACAAGAGUACCAUCGCCGAGAACCUGCAGCUCAACCCCCCGGCCGCCAUACUGCAGGUGCUGGCCGAGGACAAGGACGAGGGGGUUAAUGGGAAGAUCGAGUAUAAGAUUAUUGAACAGAGUGAGGCUGGAGUAUUCACGGUGGACCCGUGGAGCGGUAUAAUCUCCCCGGCGCGGGCCGUCCGCGGCGACGCCAGCUACACGCUGACCGUGGCGGCCCGCGACGGCGCCGGUACAGGCCCGCACCAGGACACCGCGCGCGUCGACAUCGCCGUGCUCAGCGUCAACCGACACUCGCCCGUCUUCGUGCAGCCGCCCACUGACGUCCGCCAUCUGGAUAUACCCGAGAACGCAGCCCAAUCAGACUACUUGAUCACCACGAUCAAGGCGACAGACGAGGACAGUGGAGAGAAUGGCCGCGUCUCCUACUACCUGAAGGUAGACAACCAGAAUGUAGGGGAGACACCGGAGUUCAGCCUCGAUCCUGACACUGGGGAGCUGAGGACCAAGACCUUCCUCGAUAGAGAGCAUAAAGCUGAGUAUCAGCUGGUAAUAGCAGCAGUAGACAACGGCACCCCGGCCCAGUUCGAAAGCCUGCGCCUCCUGACCGUGGUACUGGUGGAUGACAAUGACAACGCGCCGCGGUUCCCCUCACCAGUCUACCAGUUCACCAUCAAGGAGAACUUGCUGCCAGGAGUCAUUAUUGGUACAGUAAAAGCGACGGACAAGGACUCUGGCGAGAACGGCAAGGUAUACUACCACGUGCUGGAAGGGAACCAGGAGGGAGCGUUCACCGUGGACAGGACGCAGGGAGUCAUCAGGGCUAAUAUCAGCUUCGACAGAGAGAAGCAAUCAGACUACUCGUUCACGGUGUACGCCAGCAACAACCCGAUCCUGGAGCACGCGGCCGCCAUCUUGAACUCCGUGGACAACAACACGGACGGAGUGGACCCCAGCGUCGCCGCCGUCAGGGUGCGGGUGCUAGAUGAAAAUGAUAACGAGCCCAAGUUCCAGCAGAAGAUUUAUUAUGCAGGCAUAAAGCACACAGCGCGAGUAAACGAGCCAGUAAUCUCAGUGGUGGCUGAGGACCCGGACCUGGACGAGAAUGGAACCCUGGUGUACAUGGUGGCAGCUUCCAACCUAUACAAGUUCGGAGCCUCGCAGUCCAGUGGAAGUGUCGUGCCUUCGCCCUUCAAUAUUAGUCAGGAAGGUAUCCUGAUGACGGCGCACUACAUGGCGGAGUACAACCAGGACCGGUUCGUGCUGGACAUCAUCGCGCAGGAACUCGCGCCGCCGCACCGACAGGCCAAGGCACAAGUAUACAUAUGGAUAAUCGACCGCAGCGCGCUGAUCCGCAUGGUGGUGUCCCGGCGGUGCGGGGCGGGGCUGGGCGUGCAGCGCGCGCUGGGCGCGGCGGCCGCGGCGCUACUGGUGCCCGGCCGCACGCUGCCGCUCGUACACGCUGACAGGCGGUACGACGACUGGUGUGAAAUCCACCUGCACGCGGUAGAUCCGAACACGUACCAAGUGCUGCCAGUGGAGAAGGUGCUGGAGACCAUCGACUCCAAGUACGACCAGCUGAAGGACGUGUACCAGGAGUACGGGGUGGAGACACUCAUUGCUGCCAGCGCUACUUCUAAAGCCCCAGACAGCUUCGACCCGGCUCUAGCAGCUCUGAUAGCACUCCUCAUCGUACUGUUCACUGGCAUCGUCACCUUCAUCGUCGUCUGCGCAUGUCUUAAACAUUGGGUAAUACCACCACCGUCCCUACAAUCCAGUAAAGGAGACAGUUUAGCCAGACGCCGCAUCCUAGAAGAACUAUCAACGACCGAGAAUCCUCUGUGGCUGGAGACCAAACUCCGGCCCUAUGAGGAACAGGAGCUCACCAUGAACGUGUUUGGGGACCUUAAUGAGCAGCCCGCCGCUGAACCCGCGCCGACGGACAACACAUACGCGACGAUACAAGGCAGUCGGACGACCGAGAGGUUUGGUGAUUACGCCACGCUGGGCGGAGACUCGCCCACACCAUUAGAAGCUGCCUUAGGAUUCCAGGGUAGCACAUUCAAACCGCCUUCACCAGACACACCGGAGCCCCCACCCAGACCUUCAGGGUUAGGAGUACUCUGAUGAUACGUCCAAAACAAAAUGGUGGAAGAUUUAUAAAUACUAAGUGUAAAUAUACGGUAACUAGGUAGUGCAUGUUGGCAAUGUGUAACAACAUAACGUAAUGAUAUUACUCACUUUGUAACAUUUUGAGAAAUGUUACAUUCUAUUAUGUUACAAAUAAAAGUAACAAUUUAUAAAGCGUUUGGGCUUGGAAAUUAUCAUAAUAUUGGCAAAAACAUUAUUAAAUUAUUUUUCGCUGUUCUUUUCAAAGAUGUUACAAAAUGAGUAAAUAUCGAAACCCAAUCUAAGACUGUCAGAAGAUAUUAUAACAUUAUUAUAUUUUUGUUACCAUUUUAUAAUCAAAAACUAUUUUCUUUAUUGUGAUACAUUGACAACGUCCAUUUUUAUUUUAUUAUAGGAACAAAUUCUUCGUAGGAACUAUUUUAAAAUUGAUAAUUUUGAAUUUUCUUUGUUGGAGUAAAAAUGGUGGUUUGCUUUAUCACAAAAUAUAAAGCGUAAUUACAAUAUACGUACUUCUAUGAGAACAAGCGAAAUGAUACAGUAAUUUUGACAUAUUAUUUUUAAUGAUUGCGAAUGAUGAAUUUUAAACAAGUUCAAAAAUUAACGCUACUCAUUUUUAAGAUGCUCUCAAGAAUAGUUCUAUCCCUACAAAUUCUUGAUAAAAGACAGAGAUAGCACGAUAUUUAAGAACAACUUAAAAUUGAGUAGCGUUCAAUAUUCAGGCGUUAGUAACGAGUAUUUUUUUAGUUCUUAUCAAAUUACUCCAAAAGAGAAAAUCUAGAAAUUCACUUUACAGUGUUAGUCUAUAAAAAAUCUACAGUAAAUACCUAACUAAACUUAUAUUUUGAAACUAGACUCUUAUCCUGAAUCUCAUUAUAUCUUAGCCAAUCUUUUAGACUACGUUCUAGAUCUGUAAUAUAUAAAUAAAUAAAUUAUUUCCACUCUUUCUCGUAAUAAUAACUGCCAUAUAAAUAUAUUGUAAAUUACAAUCAUUGUACAAAUUACAAUAUUUUUAGACGAUUUUUUGUAAUGUAUUCUUAUGCUUAAGGGACCAAUUUGAAAAAUACAAUAUUUUUUGUAGUGUAUUUUUGUAAAAAAUACAAUUUGUAAGAGUGCGCUGGCGCAUUUUUAUAAUGUUAACAAGUAAAUAGUAUUUUAUAGAUACUUAAUUAAUAUACGUAGCAUUUUUUACUUGACCUUUUGUAUUUGUAUUUUUGUAUUUUAUACGAAUUUUGACACAAUUGAACUGUUUUUGCUCUAAUGUACUUUAAUUUAGUAAAAAACUGCAACAAUAUAUCAUUUUGACCAGUAUUGAAAACAAUACUUAAAAUACGCCUGCGAUAAAUGAUUAAUUUGCUAGGAUACAUAAAAAAAGACGAAUAUACUUACUCGUCAAAUUUAAUGCGAACAAACAAUAAUAUACAUAAUUUCUAUUUAUAUCUUAACAAAAAAGAUCAGUUUCGUAGGAAAUGUGUCAAAACUAAACAGCUCUUAUUACUGUAAUGCGUCUUACUGUAAUAGCUCACUUUUCCCCUUUUUAUACAAUAUGUUGUCAAAAAGUCCCUUAAUAAUUUCUUGUAUAAAAUAAAUAGUCAGUAAGUUAAGUACCAAGAUGUAAAUAUAUAUUUUUAUACCCGCGAGUAUUAUUUAACAACGAAAGAGCAUUAAAGAGAUUUUUAUAUCGA